UGGAUGAUUCAUCCGUUUCAGCCAACAGUUGCUCCUCCAUUGUCAAAGCUCUCUUUCUCAUGGUUUUUGUCAUUCUCAAUUUAUCUUCUCCCUACCCAAAGCCCCCGGCUUCCCGCGAUAUGCAUUUUCACCUCAAAACCCUCUAGGCAAUAGUUGUUCCGUUCAAUGGCCUCACUCAACUUCGACUUUAACCCAUUCAACGGCGACAACUGGUUCAAGAAACCCAUCAAUCUUGUCUCGCUCUUUGAAAACCUGAAUCCCUUUAAACCCCAAGCCAGCACCCCAAAUUUUGCAGCCUUAUCUUUUAAGCCCUCUCCCAAAAAACCCAAAAAUGAAGCCGCAAACCCCGGAAAAUACGAGCAAAUGCUAGACCAGUUCUACUGGGAGUGCGAGAAUUUGCCGGAUUAUAGGCACACCCCUGAGGUUGAGAGGCUCCUAAAUGAAGACCCCGUUUUUGAGAAGCUGGAAAACCCCACGCCCGAAGAGCUUGCGGAGAAUGCCAAGCGGUGGGAAGAGUUUCGGGCCAGCCCGGUGGUCCAGUUCUUGGCCCGCGCUGAGGAAAUUGCUAACAAAAUCAACGAACUUGAGCUUAAAGAGAACUCCACCCCUUACAGAAAGGAAGACAGGAAACUGUGGAAGGCAGUCCCUAAUGUACUUGGAUUGGAUGGGAGGCCAAUGCCUAGGAAAGCAAUCAAGACAAAGAGGGAAUCUGAUGAUAAAUUUUGGGAUUUCGCUAGGCAGUUCUUCUUUGGUCUCUGGCGUUUCCGUCAAAGGCCAUAUCCACCAGGGAGACCGAUUGAUGUUGCUCAAGCUAUCGGAUACAAGAGGCUUGAAAGACGCUAUUAUGACUUUAUCAUGAGAAGUAGUGGUUGGUACUACAAGGAUAGAUUAGGCCGAACAAGAGGGCCUAUGGAGUUGAUCCAGCUUAAGACUGCAUGGGGGGCUGGAAUUAUUGACAAACACACCUUCAUUUGGGGCGAUGACAUGGAUGAAUGGGCACCAAUUGGCAUGGUUUAUGGUCUUGAACGAGCAAUUGCCACUUGGGAAGUUAGAUUUGGUGCUGCUGCAACAGCUGCCCUUCACAAGUUACAAAAAGGCAUGCCCCCUUGGGCACCUCUGAAGGGGCAUGAACAAAAAACGUACAAGCAGCUCCAAGAAGAAGCUUAUGAAAGCAAAAGACGUGAUUUAGCUGUGCUGGAAGCUAAUGAAGGUGUUUGGCCUGGUGUAAGGAUACCUAGUCAUGCCUUGUUUCUAUGGGCUAGUGGCUCUGAGCUGACGUCAGUUUUGGAAGCUGACCACAUGCCCAAUAAGUUUAUCCCCAAGGAUCUCAGGUAUCAAUUAGCAAAAGUAAUUCCUGGGUUGAGACCAUGGGAGGUUCUUAGUGUUGAGCAAGCCAUGGAUCAGAUUACAUAUGGUGGGGAGUGGUACCGUGAACCUCUUGGUUCAUACACAACUGGCCCCCCAUACAUUCAAGAGUGGAACAAGGAUGUCAGGACGCUAUUUGACAUUUUCCACAACCUUAGUGUCCAAGUGUACAACAAGCUGGAGAGGACAAUUCCAGGUUUUAGUACUGUUAUGGAGAGAGUUCAAGCAGAAUCUAUCGAAAGAGAGGAGAAAAGGAGGGAGAAGAGAGAAGCAGAGAAGAGGGCUGAGAAAGAAAAGUCAUUUGGUCGAGUAGAAGGAGAUCUGUAGUCCCUCCGGGCGUUUCCCUCUGCAGUUCCUUGAGGGGAAAAUUUUCUCCUCGUGUUCCCUUUUUUCAACCCCUAGAGUUCUAUGGUAAGUGAGAUGUAGCCGCUCAAACAGUGUGUGAACUACUCGUAUAUUACUGAUUACUCCCAAAAAAACAACAACAAAAGAGUAUAUGAGUGAACUACGCACGAGGAGAGAGUAAUUUGUGUUGUAUAAUAGAACUCCCAGAAUGUAUCAUGAUACAUUUUUUGCAUUUUUCCGGCCUUCUGGGGGGGAUGUAAUCCAGGCGGAUCUUAUGUAGUGGCCAUUUGUGCUUUUGGUAUC